UCCAUAUUGCAUGAACUGUUGCAGACUAUUUACUUUCGAUAUCACUAAUAUUGUCUUCCAAACUGAGUACCGUUUUUUAUAGUUGACCGAGUUUAACACAAAAACAAAGGUUCGUUCGAGCUUAAAAUUCAUAGUUCGACAGCUGACAAGACACACAAGACUAUGGCGUUUCAGAUGUCAAAACUCGCUUCUCUCGCUACACUCUCAAAAAGCGGCGGAUUAAUAUGUAAUAAUGUAAAAUUCCUCAGCAAAUUCGCACAUGGCUUAACCGAGCGCUCCUUUUACACAGCAGGUAAACAGUCCGCAAAUAUCAAAGCACUGCAUCCUCAGGGGGUCGUACAUAGAGCUGAGAGGUGGGAGAAGGUAUCAAAGUCACUCCACACUAAGAGUGGAAGGGCUGUUAAGACUGCCCUCGGCGCUGUUGGGGUAACGGCUGCGGUGAUAGCGACUCUACGCACGAGCACGCUCCACGCCAUGAACGCGCGGCCCGACCUCAACCUCGAUUCUGACGCCACUGAUUGGAGAGAGGCAAAGAAUAAGCUUUGCUCCAUGGAUACAGAGACAAGGAGGACAAUGUAUAGGGUUGGCUUUAUUCCUCUGGAGAACAUUCCUAUUAGGAAAUCGACAGGCAGCUCCUCUUGUAAGCCUCUGUUCAAGGCCAACGAAAAGCUGAAUAUGAAAAUAUCCCUCUUCAGUGGUGACAUCACAAAACUGGAGAUAGAUGCUAUUGCCAACGCAGCUAACAAGACACUGCUGGGUGGAGGAGGAGUUGAUGGGGCCAUUCAUCGUGGGGCUGGUCCUCUGUUGAGUAAGGAAUGCGCCACCCUGAACGGCUGUGAGACGGGGGAGGCAAAGAUUACCGGAGCUUAUGGCCUGCCUGCAAGAUAUGUAAUUCACACUGUGGGGCCGAUAGUCAACGGUUCAGUGGGGGAGAGAGAAAAGGAAUCCCUUAGAAACUGUUAUUAUAACUGCCUACAAACAGCGACUAAGAACAACCUGCGGACUGUGGCUUUUCCAUGUAUCUCUACUGGAGUGUACGGAUAUCCUCCCGAUCAAGCAAUCGAAGUUGCCCUGAGAACAGUGAGAGAAUACCUGGAGGAAAACCAUGAGAAGUUGGACCGGGUCAUCUUCUGCGUGUUCCUGAAGUCUGACAAAGAGCUGUAUGAAACAAGACUGUCUGCCUACUUUCCACAAGGUUCACCACCAAAGAGCAAAUUAUGAGAGGAUGUCAUAGUUGCUGUGGAAACGGCACACAAGUUCAAGCCUCUUUCCGCCACAUCAGUGCAUCUCGCUACCUGAUGUAGUCUGACAAACAACAGCGAUAAUAGCUGCCCGACACUGCCUGAUUCAUACUCAUCACCAAAACAUCGCUACGCCUAAUUCAGUUUCUGGAUAAAGUCAUGUUGCUUUGAAGUUGUGUCAAAUGUUUUUUUCAAUGUGUUAAAAUGGUGUUCUGUGUGAGUAUUGUUUAUAAAGACUUGUUCAUUAAAUUGUGAAUUAAAUCUAAGGAAAUCAAAAGUGCACGUCAAUGCUUGUAACGCUUAACCUAUAAUGAAAGUGCACUAUUUCUACUUCUUCAGUGUACUUUCUGUCUUCCAGUAUGAUAAAAGACUCUCAUUAAAGUCAACUCCUCUCUCUGAA